AUGUUGGAUGAAUUAGCGUCUUGUAUAAAUUUACCUGAAGGCGUUGCAGACGAUCAUGAGUCUCUAGAAGAGAUUAUUGGACUUUGCGGCUCGUUCCUAACCCUCAGAGGACGCACAAUCUCUCUAGUUCAUCAGUCAGCCAAGGACUUUCUACUUCGAGAAGCAGUCCAAGAAAUUUUCCCCGACGGAGAAGACAUAGUGCACUAUUUCAUAUUUUCAAAGUCCCUGGGAGCCAUUUCUAGGAUGCUACGACGCGACAUCUACAGCCUACUGCACCCCGGAUAUCCAGUCAACCAGGUCAACCAGCCAGAUCCAGACCCGCUAGCCUCAAUACGGUAUGCGUGUGUCUACUGGGUUGAUCAACUAUGCAGGUGCUCUACAACUAAAAAUGCGACCAAAGACCUCCAGGAUAGUGGCCCAGUUGGCAUUUUCUUUCGCAAUGAUUACCUUCAUUGGCUCGAGGCUCUUAGCCUAAUAAGAAGCUUGUCAGAGGGUGUAGCUUCAAUACAAAGACUUCGGAGUUUACUAGAGACCCUCAAUAUUAGAAAAGCCACCUCUGUGAAAUCAUUCGACAAUACCAACUCAUAUCUUGAAACUGAUAACGGUACCAUUGGUUUAUCUUUAGUUUCGGAUCUAGGGCUGACCAAUGCCGACCCCCAAGUGCCGCGAUUUGAAGGUUAUAGUGUAAGUUCUGAUCGUGAGUGGAUCACUUGGAACUCGGAGAAUCUGCUGUGGUUGCCACCAGAAUACCGCCCGCAUACUUCUGCCUCAUCACUAUCUACAAUUUGUCUUGGCUGUCCUUCGGGAUGA